AGAGAGUUUAGAAAUUGGAAGACUUUGUGGUGAGCGAGACUUAGGACCCAGCUUGUACCUCGGUGACUAGGCGACAUGUCUGGGAUGUGGGAUCAGAGGCUGGUGAGGUUGGCCUUGUUGCAGCAGCUUCGGGCUGUCUAUGGUAUUAAGGUAAAGGGUGGCCGUGGUCAGUGCGAUCGCAGGAGACGUGAAACAGCGGCCACGGAAAUCGUGGGUAAAAUAUUUGGAGUGCCUUUUAAUGCAUUACCCCAUUCUGUUGUACCUGAAUAUGGACAAAUUCCAAGCUUUCUUGUUGAUGCUUGCACAUCUUUAGAAGAGCAUAUUCAUACAGAAGGACUCUUUAGGAAAUCAGGAUCUGUUAUUCGUCUAAAAGCACUGAAGAAUAAAUUGGAUCAUGGUGAGAGUUGCCUGUCUUCUGCACCUCCUUGUGAUAUUGCAGGACUUCUUAAACAAUUUUUUAGGGAAUUGCCAGAGCCUGUUCUCCCAGCUGAUUUACAUGAAGCACUUUUCAAAGCACAGCAGUUAGGAACAGAAGAGAAGAAGAAAGCUACAUUACUGAUCUCCUGUCUUAUGGCUGACCACACAAUUGAGAUAUUAAGAUAUUUCUUUAACUUUCUCAGGAAUGUUUCUCUUAGAUCCAGUGAGAAUAAGAUGGAUAGCAGCAAUCUUGCGGUUAUAUUUGCACCAAACCUAUUUCAGACAAGUGAAGUACAUGAAAAGAUGUCUGCUAACACAGAAAAAAAACUACGAUUACAGGCUGCAGUAGUACAGAUUUUUAUUGAUUGUGCAUCAGAUAUUGGCCAUGUUCCAGAUUUUAUCCUGGAAAGGAUACCAGCUAUGUUGGGUAUUGAUGGUCUCUGUGCUACUCCAUCAUUAGAAGGCCUUGAAGAAGGUGAAUAUGAAACUCCUGGUGACUGUAAGAGAAAGCAGAGACAGAGUGUAGGAGAUUUUGUUAGUGGAGCAUUGAAUAAACUUAAAUCUAACAGAACACCCUCAAUUACACCUCAGCAGGAAAGAAUCGCCCAGCUAUCUGUAUCACCAGUGAUUCUUACACCAAAUGCUAAGCGCAAACUGCCAGUAGAUUCUUCUCAUGGUUUCUCAAGUAAGAAAAGGAAAUCCAUCAAACACAAUUUCAACUUUGAAUUAUUGCCAAGCAAUCUCUUCAGUAGCAGUUCUUCUCCAGUUUCAGUUCACUUUGAUACAAGCUCAGAAGGGUCAUCUCAGAGCUCACUCUCUCCUAUAGUCAUCGGCGGAAACCAUUUUAUCAGUACAGGUGUGCUAAGGCGAAGUAAAAGGAUUGCAAGUAAAAAAGUUUGCAGGGUAGAAUCAGGAAAAACAGGCUGCUUCUCUCCUAAAGUCAGUCGUAAAGAAAAGGUUCGAAGAUCUCUUCGUUUGAAAUUUAGUCUAGGGAGAAGUAGCAAAGAUGUAAAUGAGUGUUCUGGUAUUAAUAGACAUGAAAAUGUUGGUAGACGACUUGCAAAUCAAGAAAUUUUAAAAAAUAGAAUUGAAUCUGUAAAAACUGGUCUACUUUUUAGCCCAGAUAUUGAUGAAAGAUUAACAAAGAAAGAUUCAAAAAAGAUCAGUAAGUCUGAGGAAAACUUACUAACUCCAGAGCGACCUGAUGGAACAAAUUACCGGAUGUCUUGGGCAGGACCUAAUAAUUCAAGUUUUCAAGAAAUAGGUGUAAAUGAAGCUUUUCCAAUAGAGGCAGAUUGUGAGGUAGAGAACUCUUUGGAGCCGGGUAGUAUAAUUGAAAAGUCACCUGUUAGCUCAUAUGAUCUCACUUCUUCUAAUAGGUACAAUAAGCAUAAUAACAACUUAACUGGAAGCUCUCUUAGUGGGGAUGAAAAUCACUUGACCACAGAGACUUUGGAAAAAAUUCAGCAAGCAUUUUCUGAAUCUGGAAGUAAUCUUCAUGCAUUGAUAAAUCACAGGGUAUCAUCAAUAACUAAUGUAGGGAAAGUAAAAUUAAAUGAAACAUGUUCUAUAGAAGGUAGCCCAGAGAAAAAUUUAUUUGAAAAUAAUGAUUUAACUGUUGUAGAAUCAAGUGAAUGCCACACUAGAACAGGUGACAAUAGUUUUUCAGAAGGAGAGUUAUCAUUACAUCAGACUCAAAAAUUGGAUGGAGAAACAACUAUAAGAUGUUACUCAACUGAGGUGAAUAUGAAAAAUGAAAAUAGCAUUCAUACAGAUGUACCAGAAGAUAAUGUAAGCAAGCAAGAAUCGCCUGGUGAUGAACAAAUAAAGAAACAGCAGUCCCCUGCAGAUAAAGUAAAUGCUGAAUUAAAGGAGAAUGAGAAUAUAAUUGAAGAGAACUUUCUACAAUGUGCAGCUUCUAGGGAGGAUGAGGCUAAGACCAGUUCUUUAAAGCAUACUCCAUGUAAUACAACAAGCUUGUCAAAACCUAGGCUUGUGAAAAUUGUUAAACAGCAGUCACUGGUGGAAGUGGAGGGUAAAACGGUUUCAGAAAGGUUACAAGUGACAGAACAUGGAAAGGUUUCAGACCACAUACAAUGGUUUAACAAGCUUUCUUUAAAUGAACCAAAUAGGACAAAAGUUAAGUCACCCCUUAAGUUUCAACGUACACCGGUCCGUCAGUCUGUCAGAAGAAUUAAUUCUCUGUUGGAAUAUAGCAGACAGCCAGUAAGGCGUAAAUUGACAAGUCUCAGCGAUGCUGCUUCUCCCCUGGUGAAAGCAGUCAGCUGUGACAGUGCUCUUCCCUCUUGUGUAGAAAGUACAUCAAAAGAUUCCUCUCUUUCAUGCUCUACGUCAGGUCCUAAAGAACGGAAGACUACAUCAUACGAACAAACAGAUGUUGAUUCAGUUUCAAAAUCAAGCAUGGACUUAACUUCUAAAUCUUUCUCAAAGAUGAAGAGACACCCAGACGCCAUGAAUGCUACUCUUGGGUCAACACGAAUUUGUAAACAAGAAGUGAUAACUGAUGGUCAAAUUAAGUUUCCCUUGGAUGAUCUGACAAAUCAGGACAUAUUGAAAUCUGUUGUAAAUAAUAAUAAGGGCUUUUCUGCUGGGAUAAAUCACAAGGUCCUUCGAAAACCAUCAGAAAGAGAGAGGAUCUGGUAUAAAGGUUCUCCAAAACAUCCUAUUGGAAAAGUUCAACUAUUACCAACAAGUAAACCUGUAGACUUGUAGCUGACAGAUCUUUUGCUUGUUAUUAUAGUGUAAAUAGAAUAAGCAGUGACUUGCAGGAUAAUCUACAUGUUAGUUUGUAGCUCAGGAUGAUUGUUAUG